CAAAGGGUGGCCAUUUUAAAACGCAGGUUCGACGCGCUUUUGUUGAACGAUAAACCGGUUGUCUGACUUAAGAGCCAAAGAUGCCUCGUAUCGUUGUUAAGGGAGGUGUUUGGAGAAAUACUGAGGAUGAGAUCCUUAAGGCGGCGGUGAUGAAAUAUGGAAAAAACCAAUGGGCUAGAAUUGCAUCUCUAUUGCACAGAAAAUCUGCAAAACAGUGUAAAGCACGUUGGUUUGAAUGGCUGGAUCCGUCAAUUAAAAAAACAGAAUGGUCAAGGGAAGAAGAAGAAAAAUUACUGCACUUGGCCAAACUUAUGCCUACUCAAUGGAGAACUAUUGCACCUAUUAUUGGCAGAACAGCGGCUCAAUGCUUGGAACAUUACGAAUACCUUUUAGACAAGGCUCAAGAAAAGGAAGGAGAAGAAGAAGAUGCAAAAAAAAUUAGGCCAGGAGAAAUUGACCCUAAUCCCGAGACAAAACCAGCCCGUCCUGACCCAGUUGAUAUGGAUGAAGAUGAACUUGAAAUGUUAUCCGAGGCUAGAGCGAGACUGGCAAAUACACAAGGAAAGAAGGCUAAACGAAAAGCUAGGGAAAAACAGUUGGAAGAGGCCAGGCGUCUCGCAUCACUACAGAAACGUCGGGAGCUUAAGGCUGCGGGAAUAAAUGUUUCGCGAAAACGCCGAAAGAAGCGGGGUGUUGACUACAAUGAAGAAAUUCCAUUUGAAAAGAAGCCUGCCCCUGGUUUUCAUGAUACAUCGCAAGAAGUCUUUGAUCCUUCUCAUCCAGAUUUUAAAAAUUUGCGUCAAGAAGGCUUAGAUGGAGAGCGUAGAAGUGAUAGAGAAGCUAGAGAGAGGCAAAAAGAUAAGGAGCGUAUUAAGAAACGUAAGGAAAACGAUAUGCCAGGAGCCAUUACAGCUCAAAAUCGAGCUAUAGACGUACCGAAAAAGAAAAGAAGUAAAUUGGUUUUGCCCACUCCCCAAGUUACUGAUGCCGAGCUUGAACAAAUUGUUAAAGCUGGUCAUGCGUCUAGAAAUGCAAGACAACUAUCAGAAGAUACUGCUGGCCCAAACGCACCGACACAUUCUUUGUUAUCGGAUUAUCAGAUGACACCCGUGAUAUCGAAUACGAAUACCGCCGUUAGAACUCAAACGUUUGGUGAAGAUUCUGUAAUGCAAGAGGCUAAAAAUAUAAUAUCCCUCACAAAUGUCGAAACUCCACUUAAAGGUGGCUUAAACACUCCACUCGUUGCUAAUGAGGACAGAACAGGAGGUGCCGCGGCAACACCAAAUGUUGUUUUGAAAACCCCUUUCAGGACACCAGGUGGCACAGCUAAUAACCAAACUCCGUUUCAUGGAACUGCUGCAACUCCAAUGAGAGAAAAAGUGGGCGAAUCAGAUAUUAUAGAACAAAGAAGAAACUUGGAAGCAGGCCUAUCAAUGCUUCCUAAACCCGCCAAUGAUUACGAAAUUGUUUUACCAGAUGAGGAGGCAGAAGAAGCAGAACAAGAGGCGUCCUUGAGUCUUGACCAGGCAGAUAUAGAUGCUGAGAAGGAAUUUCAAAUAAAGAGAGAACAAGAAGCCGAAUUGAAAAAAAGGUCAAAGGUUAUACAACGGAAGCUGCCCCUUCCGUUAUAUGGGAAUCUAGCACUUUUGAAACCGCAAGGGAAAAAUGAUCCAGCUCUUACGGAGCUUCAAAGGGCUGAAGAACUUAUUAAAAAAGAGAUGAUGACCAUGCUGCAUCACGAUUUAUUAUAUGUCGAAAAAGAUGAGGAACAGAAGAAGAAAUUUAAAAAUUACGAAGCUCAAAUCUAUUCAUACGCUAAAAGUCAUCUCUUAGAAAAUUUUGAUCAGAAACAUCUUGAGGAAGCUAGCCAAGUUUUAAGUGCUGAAAUGGAUAUUGUCAAAGCAGGAAUGAGGCAUGGGGACAUUACUUUGGAUGCAUUUAAUCAAGUUUGGUCUGAAUGUUAUUCUCAGCUAUUAUACUUGCCUAACCACAAACGUUAUACUAGAGCUUCUUUAGCUAGUAAAAAAGAGCGUAUUGAAUCUUUAGAUAAGAAAUUGGAGAAAAAUCGUUCCAUUAUGACGAAAGAGGCUAAAAAGGCGGCAAAAAUUGAAAAGAAACUGAAAAUUAUUCUUGGUGGUUAUCAGAGUAGAGCUGUUGCUAUGUCGAAACAACUAUCGGAGGCUCACGACUUGAUUGAACAGCUCACUAUAGAAUUAGAGACUUUUAAAGUCUUGAGAGACCAUGAAUUGAAGUCUAUGCCUACUAGAGUCAAAAUCAUGCAAGAAGAUGUUAAUAAACAAAUGGAAAGAGAAAAAGAUUUGCAAGAUAGUUAUGGUUCUUUGUUAAAGAAAAGAGAAGAAUUAAUUGCGAAUUAAUUACUUUUUUUUCUAAUUCCUUCAUUUUAUAAAUGUAUAAAAAUAAAAAGGUAAAUUAAUUAGUUAAUAAAAUAGAUGUAUAAAUGCAUAUACAGUACAGUAUAUAUGAAAAUAUAGGCAAAAAAGUACGUUGCAUACGUGUUCUCUUUGAAAUCGUUUUUUUUUUGUUUUAGCUAUUUUGGUAAUAAAAUAAAAAAAAACAAUACAAAAAGAAUAUAAGUAAUUGAUGACUUAAGACUAUAACUUUUAUAAAUAAUAAUUAUGUUUGACAUCACAAAAUUUGUUAACUUUUCCCCUUUUUCAACCAAAUUUGCCAUCCCAUUGCCUAAUUCCAGCUUUCUUACUUUUUCCUAGAGGCGAAUAGUACUGCAAGUGAAAUUAUUAGUGUUGGAUAAAGUAAUGCUGUUCCUGUGUGUCGUAGAUAAAUAAUAAGCAUGAUAAGCCCCAGGAUAAACUUUCCUUGUAAAAGUUUUCUUCAGCACUCGUUUUAGCACUUUUCGGAAAGAAUCGUUGAAAGAGACUAAUAAGGCCAAAUUUAUUGUAGACCUAAUAUGGCCCAACCAUGUAAAAAGAAAGGCCAGUGGAUCAGGUGAACGCCAAUCAGUUUCGGCUAGGAUAAUCUGCAUGAUGGCCCAAGGCAACCAAAAAAUAUAAAAAGAGGCGGCUAUAGCAAGUGCUGCCUUGAACGUUGAUUGCUCUUUCCUUAGACAUUUUGCCCAAGUAUUGAACGUAAUAACAUCUUUUAAGGUUUUAUCGUGUAUUAACCAAAGGCGCGUCGAUUUAAUUCCAGCGAAUAGAAAGACCAGUAAAUUCGGACCAACAAGAAACGUGGCCAAAACUGACCCGAAAAUUUUAUUUUUUCUCCAAACUACCAUACAAUCGACCUAUUAAAGUGAAAAGAUGGAACAAAAUUGGUAGAGGAGGAGGAAGAGGAGAAGGAGGAGGAGGAGGAGUAGGAAAAGUGGGAAUUUUUUUUUUUCAAUUUCUGACAUGCUAUCCCAGCUAAUUAUUUAAAAGGAUACAAGUUGGAGAAAAUGUUAGAACUUACCUGCUUUGGAUCGUAGUCGAAUUUUGCCCACGCAGGAGAUAAGCACCAGAAUAUUAGGGAUAUUGAACAUACUCCGUAUAAAGUUUUUGACGCGUUUUUCGCCAAAUACGAUUCUUCAUAGUGUAAAGAUGACGUUAGUGCUACAUAACGAUCAUACGCCAGCAUUGAAGCACAAAACAUAGAUAUUGUCCAUAAGACACUGUUAAUAACGCCAAAUAUCUCUUUACCCCUGUCUCCAUACGGCCAGCCGGAGGAGAGAACUGCAACUGCAACGAAAAUCGCGUAGAUGAGGGCGAAGAGGAGAUCUGCCAGAGCACUGCAGUUGAUUAAUAGGCCUACUGUUUUCCCUAUAACAGCGGUACUUCUAAUAACUAUUAAAACAAUAACAUUUGUCAAAGUAGCGGCUACUGCGAAAAGUAGAAUUGUGAGGCCUUUUCCAAUAUUGCGAUCGUUCGUAAAGUUUGCAGUCGUGUUGUUGGUAGCGUGCAGUACGAGAGGCAUUGCUGCAGGUUUUUGUCGCUAGUUUUUCUAUGCGUUGCCUAGUGACGAGAGCAGGUGACGUCAGGUGUAGGUUUUUUAUUCUUCUCCUCUUUUCUGUUUUCUCUAUGUAACCUUUUAUAUUCUUUCCCCUACCUUUCUCCUCCGUCGUAGAGGCGCUCGUUGACAAGCGUCUAUUGUUACCUGAGUAGGUGCAUGUUAAAUAAUGCUUUGGAUAUAAGUCUGCUCUACUGUUUUUCCUUUUUUCUUAAAAAAUUAAAAGUAAUUAAAAUAUUGAUAAGACAAUUAAGAUAUUCUAUAAAUAAGCCUAACCUGGUAUGCAAAUUUAUAUAAAACACUGCACGCUACUUACAGUGUUAUGGUGUUUUCGUGUUUACGCUCAUCUAAGUCGUACACGUUUUAAAUAAAGACAAUUUACCGUCUAUAUCUACUAUACACAAUAUUUUGUACAUUUGUUUAAAUAUCAACGCUCAUAUAGAAGAAACAAUCCUGUAUAGUUAGGCCUAAAAUUUGUCUUGUAGCAUUUUUAAAGCUAUAUCUAUUAAGGUAUAUUUAUAAUGGUAUAUGUGUACAAAAGACAAUAUUACCUCUGUAGACUUAAUAUCUGCACAAGAAGGUGUUUCCCCUUGCAAACUAACUAAACCACUCUGAAAUUGUUUGCUUUUAAGUCCGAGAGAGAAACGAACUGUGGUAUGUAUUUACUAAUGUUUUUCUUUUAAAUACAAUACAUAUGUAUUUAUAGAUAUACAGUUAAUUCGUAUCUAAGUAUUGAUGCAUAU